GAAAUUUGCCAUUCGCUCUCUCUCUCAGGGCCAAAUCUUCUCCUUCUUCUUCAACUUUCAUAUCAGAGACCUCCCACUCUACGCUCCCAAACGCAACCUCCCGAAACCCUAGUUUACAUCCAGAUUUUAAUCACACUACUGGUGGAAAUAUCCUCAGGAACUUUUUACUUUUUCUUAUGGAUUUUCUGGGAAAAGAAGACCUGUGUUGAAUCGUGAAAAUGCCUGAAGCGAGAGAUCGAUUGUCAAGACCAGUUGACCUGGCCGCAGCCUAUGCUCAGAGGCUGGCCGGCAACCGGAGAGUCUAUAUUGAUCCGCCAGAGCAGACUAUUCUAGCCCUUUCUCCUCCGGUGAGACGACCAACAGGGUUGGGGAUUGGGACUACCGGAAUUGUUGGUGGUGGAGGGCUCCCAAGGAGCAGUUUGAGGACUCCCAUAACCGUGACUGGGCGUGGUCGGAUCCCAUUUAGGUUGUCAACGGUGGACAGAGAGAACACGCCCAGCGGGAGUUCUCACCGGAGAGGGGGCCGAGCUAGUAACAGCGUGUUGCCUUAUUGGUACCCAAGAUCCCCUCUCCAGGAUAUCACUGCUGUGGUUAGGGCUAUUGAAAGGAGAAGAGCUCGCUUGGUUGAGAGCGAUGGCGAAAACACUGAGGGUCAAGUUCCACAAGACCAGAAUGCCCUUGGUCAGUCUCUUCCAGUGUCAGGUGCUCAAUUUGAUCAUGGAGUACCUAUGACUCCGUAUUCAGCUGUUCGGACCAAGCGCUGUCUGCCCCCUUCUGUUGGUAAAGUUCAACAAAUUUUAAGGGAUGUCAGUAAUCAGCCAUCUGAAGGAGAAUUUCUUACACCACAGAAGAAACUAAUGAACUCAAUUGACAUGGUGGAGAAAGUGGUCAGGAAAGAACUUGAGAGGCUGAAGAGAACGCCUAGCGCAAAGAAGGCUGAGAGGGAGCAAAAAGUCCGAACUCUGAUGUCAAUGCGCUGAUCUGUUUUGAUGAAGGAACAUUACCAACAUAGGACAUAGGAGUUUGGACAAGGACCCAAGCAGGUGAAGAUGUAUCGGCUUCUUGUGAUACCUACAUCAUGAGAUAUAUCACCUUCUAGUGAUACCUUUCUCACCCUCAGUGUGACCUCUAUCAUCUUCCGUUGAUAUUGCUUAUCAUCUACUGAUGACACAUAACAUUCUAUCAUCUUCUGGUGGUAACUUUACACUGACUGAGCACCGUCAUUUUUUAGUUUGAAGCUUCAUGUCUCGCUGAAGGUAUAGUAAGUGUUGAGUUAUCACUCUGAAAACUCAUUUUUCAGACAGUACAGUAGAAUGUGUGUCUAGUUGCCAUCAUUCUUUGAUGGUUUUAGCUUUAGAUAUAUUGUAGGAGCUGACGGAUAAAGAGGCCAUAGCACUACCCUUUUUGUAUCGUAUGUGAUAAUUUCUCGUGUCCGACCCUUUACUUUUCAUGUAUGAUGAUUGAUAUGAAAAAGCUUUGGUCUUUA